AUGGAAGCUAGAGUACAGGAAAUGGAAAAGAAAGAGGAUAUUCUUCAAAGUGCAAAUCAAAGAUUGCACCAGGAACUAGACCAGCGUUUGGAGAUGAAUGUUACUGAUGAGACGUCAUCACAAAUUGAAAGGAUACAGCAAGAUCUCCGUAAUUUGAGUUCAACUGUGGACGCUGUUUGUAGUGGGAGAAAUACACCCCCCUCUGGUGGUCUUUAUGCGUUUUCGUGGACAGCUUGUAUUGCAGCUCGUAAGAUAUUUAAUGCAGAGCUCUUGGUUAAGAGACAGAAAAAGGUUUUAGCGAAUUGUUAUAAUGAACUAAAUCCUGGCCUUGCAAACUGUGCAAAUACAAUUCCUCUGGUACUAAAAUUUGGAGACGACGUUAAUAUUCGUACAACUGCCAAUUUCAACUACAGAGAUCACUAA